GUCUACACUAGCGGGACCGGUCUCAGAUACACAAGUUACUAUAAACUGCCAGCGUCUUGACAUCAACCAAGCUCAAGUUGCAUCAACUGAAGUGGUCACGGCCAGACCAGGUGGGCGUGGAAACGUUACUAAGGUUUUCCUGUAAACCCUGUUAAGACUGUCAGAAGAAGAAGAUGAUGCAGGGACUUAGACACAGUUUCGUGCUUCUUGUGGCGAUCCUGGUAUCCCAGAAGGCCGCAGGGCUCGGACGGAGUCGUGGCGGCCCGUUCCGUGCCAUGUUUCCCAGGGUGCACCACGAUAUCCAGCCCGGUCAGGACUACGGAGACCCGCUCUUCCUCACUCCUUAUUUGGAACAGGGCAUGGCGGAGAAAGCCCGAACGCUGAGUGAGGUGAACCUCCCAAACACGACAGUCAACAGCUACUCCGGCUACCUGACUGUCAACAAAACCGACAGCAGUAAUCUCUUCUUCUGGUUCUUCCCUGCACUGUCUGACCCAGAGAAUGCUCCCGUGCUGCUGUGGCUUGAGGGAGGGCCGGGUGCAACGUCCAUGUACGGAGUCUUCACCGAGACGGGGCCAUUCUACAUCACUCAGGACGCUCAGUUGAUGAAUAAAAAGGUGACCUGGGCUUCAGCAUACUCCAUGCUGUACAUAGACAAUCCUGUGGGCACAGGGUUCAGCUUCACCAAGUCUGAUGCUGGAUUCGCCACAAACCAGGGAGAAGUUGCAGAUAACCUGUACAAUGCGUUGCUUCAGUUUUACCAGAUCUACACUGAUUUCCACAAGAAUGACUUCUAUAUCACCGGAGAGUCCUAUGCAGGGAAGUAUGUUCCGGCGCUGAGCUACAAGAUCCACAUGGAAAACCCGACAGCCAAGUUCAAGAUCAACUUUAAAGGCAUGGCCAUCGGAGAUGGUCUGUGUGAUCCGAUAAAUCAAUACCCAGCCCUGCCAGCCUUCCUGUAUAACACAGGCUUGUGUGAUGAAAAUCAGGCUAAAGUAGUCAGCGCUGCUGUGACUUUGAUGCAGAAACUGAUCAGUGACAUGCAGUACAUGGAAGCCUUUAAGACGUUUGAUGAACUCCUGAAUGGCGACGUAUAUCCGUACCCUUCCUACUUCUACAACAUCACCGGUGGGACCAACUACUUCAACUACCUCAGGACUGUGGAGCCUCCUGAACAGGAGUACUUUUGGAAGUACCUGGCCAGACCUGAGGUCAGGAAGGCCAUCCAUGUCGGUAACCUUACCUUCCAUGACGGGUCAGAGGUCGAGAAACACCUGCUGAGUGAUGUCAUGAAGUCUGUUGCACCCUGGGUAGCUACCAUUAUGGAGAACUACAAGGUGUUGAUAUACAACGGCCAGUUGGAUGUGAUUGUUGCUGGGCCACUGACGGAAAACUUCCUGUGGAGCCUUCCCUGGUCCGGACUGCAGCAGUAUCAGAAGUCGGACAGGACUGUGUGGAAGAUUAACCCUUCAGACACCGAGGUGGCCGGCUUCGUCAGACAGGUCGGAAACUUCUACCAGGUGAUUGUCAAGGGUGGGGGCCAUAUUCUUCCUUUCGACCAACCAGAGCGCGCCUUUGACAUGAUUGACAGAUUUGUGUCAGGCAGAGGUUUCCAAUGACAGCCUGGGGACCAAUCAGAAAAGAGCUCUCACAUGAUUGAUGUUUUCUUGAGGAGAAAUACUUUAUAAUGACAAUUUUCAAAAGUCUUCAAUCAAAUAUAUACACAUGUUGACAUAAAAUUACGAUGAAUGUCAUUAUUUUAGUGCACAAACCUGCUGUUUUGAAAUAAAGGCAAG